UGUAGGUGCUUUUAGCAUUUUAAUUACUUGUUCGUUUUAAAACAAAUAGAGGUCAAAGUAAUUAUUUAUUGUACCGCAUAUAAAUAUCGUUUGAAAUCGUGAUAAUUAUUUGAGAUAUGCCAUAAAUUAUACAUAGGUCGUGUUCUAUUUCAAAAAGCGCACACUCUCUCUCAAUCAAAACGGGUAUUGAUUGUAAGAAAAACACAAUCCAAACAAAACGACAACAAACCGCGGGUGUCGGUUCGAUUUGAUUAAAUUGCGAAAAACAUAAGAAAUAUGGACCAGGUUGACGCCGAUCAUGAUGAUGAUCACCACCACGAUCAUCCAUACAGGAUAUACAUCAUCAUCGCCGUAGUCGUCGGUGCUAUAAUUUUACAAAUUGUAGGUGUUCUGAUAUGCUGCAAAGACAGAUGGAAAACGAAACGAAAAGCGAAAAAGGCAGCCUCUCUGCGCGAAAGCAAUACGGGGGAGAUAACGAAGGUUGUUUCGAUCGUGAAGGAAACAAAGAAGGGAAAAACGUUGGUGGAGACUGCCGACGAAGAAGCUCAAGUAGCGCUUUUAGCUUCACCGCUUGAAGGCGGCAAUAGAAGAUCGGCGUCGAUUGAAGAAGAUCCUGAAAGUGAAAUUCACAUUCAUACAAAUAUAAUUAAGGUUAAGCACAUUAUUCCGUAGUUUGUUCUUCGUCCUGUUACCGCUUUGCUCAUUAAAUCGCUUGUGUUA